UAAAAAUUAAAAUGUCUUUCCGUUGUUGUAUCUACCGCAGUGAACAUUUCAUUAGUGAAAGGGAGACGUGAAAGUUUUGUGAGAAGUCUCCGGCGAUCAAAUGCCUAUGGCGGAUAAGAAAUUGAUCAUCGCCGUCGAAGGCACCGCCGCCAUGGGCCCUCACUGGAACUCCAUUGUUACCGAUUACCUCGACAAAAUCAUUAGGUGCUUUUGUGGAAUGGAAACAGCAGCACAGAAGCCAUCUGGGGCUAAUGCGGAGCUUGGUUUGGUUAUGUUUAACUCACAUGGCUCUCAUAGUGCUUGUUUGGUUCAGCGAAGUGGCUGGACUAGAGAUGUUGAUCGUUUUUUCCAGUGGCUCUCAUCCAUACCCUUUGGUGGUGGGGGUUUUAAUAAUGCUGCGAUUGCUGAAGGACUAGCCGAGGCUUUAAUGAUGCUUUCAUUUUCAAAUGGAAGCCAAAGCAAGCAAAAUUUGGAAGGACAAAAGCAUUGCAUUCUUGUUGCUGCAAGUAAUCCUUAUCCAUUGCCUACACCAGUUUAUAGACCACAACUUCAGAAUUCAGAGCAAAGUGAAAAUGAAACACAAACUGAUGACCACCGUCUUUCUGAUGCGGAGACAGUUGCAAAAGCAUUUGCUCAGUGUUCUGUUUCUCUAUCAGUUGUAUGUCCAAGACAGGUCUUGAAACUCAAAACAAUCUAUGCUGCGGCAAAAUGUAAUCCACAAGGAGCAGACUUGCCCAUCGACAAUCCAAAGAAUCCAUAUCAUCUUGUUCUAAUAUCGGAAAACUUUAUGGAGGCUCGUGCUGCUUUCAAUCACACUGGAAUGCCAAGUUUGCAUUUAAAUCAAAACCCUGUUAAAAUGGACGUGCCUUCUGUUCUUCCUGUUUCAGGACCACCAACUUCAAUCCCUUCAGCAAAUGUUCCUGUCACGAACUGGCAACCAAUUCCAACUGGAAACAUUCCUUCUGCCAUUGUUAAAAUUGAGCCCACAACUGUAACCUCAAUGCCCGGGCCCACAUUUCCACAUGCUCCAUCAGCUCCUCGUGCUCCCUCGCAACCUAUUCCAAACCUUCAAGCUCCUUCGCCUAUUCCUGUUUCCCAGGAAAACAAUGAAACUCUGCAGGAUACUAAGCCAAUGGUCAUUCAUGGAUUAUCACAGCCUGUACGUCCACCUGGUGCUGCAGCCGCCAAUGUUAGAAUCCUGAAUGAUGUUGCUGUUGCCCAAGCACGACAAGCAUUUUCUGGGGGAACAUCCAUUGGUGGGGGAACCCCUAUGCUCUCAAACAUGAUAUCCAGCGGGAUGGCAUCCUCCGUCUCUGCAGUUCAAAGCAUAAUGUCAAACGCACAAUCAGGUGUGACAUCAUCAGGACCCACUGGUCCGAGCUCUGCUCCUCCCGCACCAUUCACUUCAACAUCAUAUGCCACGUCAGCAUCCCCAAAUCCAGCCAUGUCACAGACAUUGAAUAAUAAUGCUCUUCCGGGCAGCGGUACUAUGGGUCAAACAGUAGCUGGCAUGAAUCAAACAAACAUGGCAAUGCAAAUCGCAAUGAGCAGGAGUCAGCAGAGUAUGACUGCUGUGCCUUCUGGUACUGCUGGUACAAUGUUGGUUUCUACUCCGGGAAUGAGUCAACAAGUGCAAACGGGGAUGCAGCAACAACUUGUUGUAAAUAGCAAUUCAGCAGUGACCAUGUCUCUUCCUCAACAGCAAGCAUCUAGUCAAAUGCAAUCAUCCCAAUCAAAAUAUGUGAAAGUCUGGGAGGGGCACUUAUCUGGGCAGCGACAAGGUCAGCCUGUGUUCAUUACUAAGCUAGAGGGGUAUAGGAGUGCGUCAUCAUCAGAAACGCUCGCAGCGAAUUGGCCUGAAACAAUGCAAAUUGUACGACUUAUUUCCCAGGAUCAUAUGAGCAAUAAGCAAUAUGUUGGGAAGGCAGAUUUUUUAGUUUUUCGGGCAAUGAACCAGCAUGGUUUUCUAGGUCAAUUACAAGAAAAGAAGCUUUGUGCAGUCAUUCAAUUGCCCUCCCAGACACUAUUGCUCUCUGUUUCAGAUAAAGCUUGCCGCUUGAUCGGGAUGCUUUUUCCAGGGGAUAUGGUAGUAUUUAAACCCCAGAUCCCAAACCCGCAACAGCAGCAACAACAGAUGCAAGCUCAACAACAACACCCUCAGCUUCAACAGUUGCAGCAGCAGCAGCAGCAAACGCUCUCUCAGAUUCCCCAGCAGCAACAGCUCUCCCACAUGCAACAGGCGCCACCAGCACUCAUCCAACAACAACAACUACAGCAACAACAACAAAUGCAGCAGCAGCAACCACCCCAACAACAGCAGCAGGUGUACAUGCAAGGCCCCGGGCGACCGCAGCUAAUGUCUCAGGGGGGGCAAGUUUCGUCACAAGGACUUCCAAACAUCCCCACCAGCGGCUUUAUGAACUGAUUCCUCUCUUCAUCACACUGCUGGUUGAUAUUACAAGGAUACAGGUAGGUAAUUAAGUAGGUAUCUUCCCAAAUGAUUUCAAAAACAGCCAAGGUUCUCUUUGUGUGGAAUAUGUGGGCAUUAUUGACUGUGUAAUAGGAAAAAUGGAUUUUGAGGAUAAAUUAUUAGAAUAGUGCUAGAAACCCACCACCCUUGCCUCCACGCAUGACAAUACAGUUGAUUUCAUACCUGCAGAGACAAUAAUCGUCUGUGUUGUUCAUAGAUGAUUAUCGUCUGUAUAGGUAUAAAAUCGUCUGUGUUGUUAUGCGUGGGGGUGAAGGUGAGGGAACUGUAGCACGGUCCAAAUUAUUAUGCAAUUUCAAGGAGUGUCAUUCAUGGGAAUCACUUGGUUUGUUUUUAGUUCUCUUGAUCAUUGUGUUAAUUCCCCUU